GGAUCCUCUUGCUCAGCUCCUGGCUGAGGGCCGGAGUGGCCCCCUGGGUUCCAGAACCACGAAGUUAAUCACCCAGUGCACAAUGGGGCUGUUAUGCUCUCAACACUCGGCCAGGUGUUGGGAAUCAAAGAUGAAUGGAGAGAUUAGCUGGGAGGGUGGAACUGAGCAGAAACUUAAGGACAAACCUGCGCAAGGAAAACAACAGGGGGCUUAACCUGUGCUUCGGUCCAGGUGUGCGGGGGGCGGUAUGGGCCGUCCUCCCCACGCCCUCCGAGGCGAAGAUUUGAGAAGGAUUAGCUAUGUAAUCCCCGGGCUGGUCUCGCUUCCAGGAACGGGUGAGGCCCGAAUCCUAAUCCGGCCUCACACCUGGCCCCAUUGUUCCCUUACUUCCCUGCAACCGAUCCACCGAUGCGGGAAUUAGCGAUCUGGCGGCUCCUUCGCUGUCCACAGGCCUUUGGAGGGGCCUGGCUGGCGGAGAACAGUCUCCCCGGACCCAGACGCCGGUCACUCGGACGAGCAACGACCCCUCCGGAGGGUCUCAGCGACAUUCUUAGACCGUGCGGCCCCUUUAAGAGGAGGAGACGGGCGGGCGCGAGUUAGCCGCCACCGGACGUCACAAACCCAAGACCGGGUCUCACUCCCAGGCGGCCCCGCCCGAGCCCGCCGAGGGACCGAGCUUCUGGGAGCGCCCCACGGGCCGCGGCGGAGGCGCGGGCGCCCACUGGCCGGCGCGAUCGCAGGGGCGGGGCCGCAUCUUAAAGGGCCGGAGCCGAGGCAGCCCGUCCCUGGCCCAUGGAGCCCACGCAAGAUUACCCACUGUUCGGGGGCGCCUUCUCCGCCACGCUCCCUCCCGGGGCCAUUGACGUGAGCGACCUCCGACCGGUCCCGGACAACCAGGAAGUUUUUUGCCACCGCGUGACGGACCAGAGCCUGAUCGUGGAGCUUCUGGAGCUGCAGGCCCACGUGCGGGGAGAGGAGGCCGCGCGGUACCACUUUGAGGACGUUGGUGGGGUGCAGGGCGCUAGGACUGUUCAAGUGGAGGCUGUGCAGCCCCUCCUCUUGGAGAACCUGGCCCUGAGGGGCUGCUGUGAAGAAGCCUGGGUCCUCUCGGGCAAGCAGCAGGUGGCUAAAGAGAACCAGCAGGUAGCGAAGGACGUGACCCUGCACCAGGCCUUGCUGAGGCUGACUCCAUACCAGACUGAUCUCCUGCUCACCUUCAAUCAGCCCCCCCCUGACAAUAGGUCAUCUCUUGACCCUGAAAAUCUGUCACUUCCACCCUGGAGCCUGGGUGACUUCGAACAGCUGGUGACCAGUCUGACUCUUCAUGAUCCCAACAUCUUUGGUCCCCAGUAAAGAUGCUGAAAUGCUACAUGAUGCCGCUGAAGACUUGGGGACCCCAAUCUGCAAGGGGAACAAAGGGUGGGAUAUAUUCCCCAAAUUCCUUCCCUGUGGAUAAACAUAAGACACCUCUCUGCAGAAAUAAACUUGCUUUAUAACCAA